CAAUAUUUCCUCUGUUAUUUUUGUAAAGCCUAUAAAGUUGGCUGUGAAUUUGUUAAGCAAAUCACUUGCAAUUCAAACUUUCAGCAACGUGUCACGCAUCAUGAAACAGUACUUAUUGCUAUUGUGUUUGUUUGUGUGUCUGUGCGCCAUCAGUGAAGCGACAUCCCCACAAGUUUGUGGCUACACCGCGCUCGAUGGACAUUUUGAGUUUUUGAGAUAUUUCCCCGGCAUCCAGGAAGGAGAGGAUUAUAUCGAUUACGGCAACAACAAGGAUGGUGUUUGCUAUCAGAGAGCAGUGUGCCUUGAGACCUAUGAGACUAAAGUAGAAUCCUGCAAUGACUACCAGGUGGACUGUAAUAAUCGUCAGACCUUCAAAUCGAUAUUCCCUACUUGCUGUGUGAAGUGCUAAGCGUUUAAGGAAAAGUAAAACGCAUCAGAAGUGCGUGCUGACUAACAUACAUAAUAUGUAUGGAAAUGAAAGAAGAGAUAAAUAAAUUAACAAAAAAAAAAAAAAAAA